AUGUGGUUAAAAGGAUACUGGAAGUUUCAGCAAAAAUUAAGAUACAAUUUUGAUGCCGAAAAAAGAGCUGAUUCUGUACCAAUUGACAAUUGCCUUUAUGUCCGCUCAUAUUGUGAUGAUGUCUGUCGCAACUGUGAUAGAUUUGAUUGGCACUGGAGCACUUUUGGUCUCGUAUAUGAUAAUUCCUUUCCCGAUUAUAUGUUUUCUGAUUGUAGGG